ACAGCCACCUGCCUGCCACUGCAGCACUAGUUGGAAGUGAAGCCGACAUGAUGAGUGGAGAGUUUGACUGCAUAGUGAUCGGGGCCGGGGUUCAAGGCUCCUUCACGGCCUACGAGCUGGCAAAGAGGAAGAAGAAGACUCUACUGCUGGAGCAGUUUGUUUUGCCCCACACCAGAGGGAGCUCUCAUGGCCAGACUAGGAUCAUCAGGAAGGCCUACGACCACGACUUCUACUCCCGGAUGAUGCAGGAAUGCUACCAGCUCUGGGCUCAGCUGGAGAGGGAGGCCGGGGUCAGACUGUACAGGCAAACAGGACUUGUGGUUAUGGGGCCAGAAAACGGUCGUAGUUAUCAGCUGUAUAAAAAGACCCUGCAAAACAACAAGGUUCCUAUGGUGGUGCUGACCCGGGAGAACUUCAACCAGCACAUCCCCGGCGUGGUUCUGGCUGAGGGUGAUGCAGCCGUGGUGGAUGUGACUGCUGGGGUUCUGUAUGCCGACCGCGCGCUCAAGACUGUACAGGAUCAGUUUCAGAAGUUGGGUGGGGUCAUACGAGACAAAGAGAAGGUAACUGCUAUCCAGCCUGGUCCUGUUGUCACAGUUUCAACAUCUGCUGGUGUUUAUCGAGCUAAGAGUGUGGUCAUCGCUGCCGGACCCUGGACCAACAAACUACUGGUGCACACCGGCUUACAGCUGCCACUAGAGACAGUGAAGAUCAAUGUUUGCUACUGGAAGGAGAAGGUUCCUGGUUCCUAUGAUGUGAAGCAACGCUUUCCUUGUUUCUUACAAACUGAGAGUGAAGAGGUUCACCACAUCUACGGUCUGCCUUCCAACGAGUAUCCAGGGAUGAUGAAGAUCUGCUACCACAUGGGCAGCAAGGCUGACCCGGACCAGAGAGACCAGCAGACCAACACGUCUGACAUCGAUAUCCUCCGGCGGUUCGUCCGCCGCUCUCUUCCUGGUCUGCUGCCGGAGCCGGCCGUGGUGGAAUCCUGCAUGUACACGCUAACGCCUGAUGAUCAUUUUGUCCUGGACCGUCACCCCACCUACCAAAACAUCAUCAUCGGGGCAGGAUUUUCAGGUCAUGGCUUCAAGUUCGGACCAAUCAUUGGCUUGAUUCUGUGUGAACUCAGCCUUGGAGAAGUACCUUCAUUUGACCUUUCACCUUUCCGCAUCGGACGUUUCCAGCCAAAGCCUAAAUCAGCAUUAUAGGGCUAAGACAAUGAAGGUCGACAGAGACGUUGUCAUACAUAUGGAUGAUGCGACCCUCUCUCUUUUUUGACCACUAAUUGGUCUGUCUGGAGCCGCCAUUGACGAACCAGAGACUUAAGGCAGACGGAAAAUUACAGGAGUCUGCCUGACCCAAAUGAAAUUGUUGAUUGUUAAAUCUGACCUUGACAGGGAGGCUUGGCAGGCGGCUCCAGUCACAAUCUCCCUGGAGGAAUAAAAACAAGACGUUCGGCUCCCACUAGCCCUCCCCUUCCCCUCAGGACACCAGUGGACCUGGAUCAGAACUGUACCGGAUAACAACAAGGACAAUGGCUGAGGAGUAGCUCUGGGGCAAAGUUCACAGACUUACUACUGUUCAACGCUUUCCCCGGCUCCCCUCUUAUCAGCCCCCCCAACACAGUCACCAGGUUGGAGCGCCACGAAGGCUGCAGCGCUUACUUGGAUGUACUGUGCAGGGACCCCCCCCCCACACACACUUGCCCACUCCCCACACCCACAUGCAAGUCUUCUUUAUGAUGUUGUGUACGUUGCUUUUCUGUGCUGAGGUGUUUUUUGCACCUUGACAGUCAGUGCGUUUACAUGCAGCAGUUCAAUCGGGUCUCUGAUCGUAUAAGACAUCGUUCGGACUUUUAAACUGCAUGUAAACACCUGAACCCGAUCUACUUCGGACCUAUUUCGGGCCUAAAUCAGACAUUUAAUAAUCGGGUUGCAGCACCUAGAUAACCCGUUCACAGUCAGAAUUUUAACACCAUGUAUACGGAGACAUCGGAUAUUGCAGUCUGCGCAUGCUCGAGAAUUUGCUCUGGGGCAUUCACCCGGAAGUGAAAGGAGACGGCAACCGGAAGUGGCUCUUUGUUGAAAUGGUUACCAUGGUUACAGCGCCACCUAGCGUCACGGAGUCAGCCAUGCUCUGGACAUUUAUCCGAUUUUCUGAACAGCAGGUAAACUCAGACAAGUGAUUGGGUCUUCUGGAUGUUUAUCUGAUACGAUCAGAAAUCCAAUUUCUUUGCUGCAUGUAAACGUACUGACUGUGUAUUUAUACACAGUCUGAAGAUGCAUUUUUUUCCUUCCUCCAUCCCAGUGUCAUCCUUCCUCCAAGAAUCAUCCGUAGAAACAAAUGGUGCCAGCGGUGUUAACCGGAGUCACGUUCCUUGUCUGACAUGUUCUAACUUGGCUAAUAAAGUUAAUUCCGAUUCUGAUUCUAAAA